AUGUCGUACACUGACGAAGACGAGCCCAUCGAUCUGGGGGUGAGGGGCGAGGAUGCGUGGCGUGUGCGGCGCGUGUGGGUGAAGGGCAACCGGCGCACGCGACCGGACGUGGUGGCGGCGUGCGUGAAGCCCGUGCUCAAGGCGCGCACCUUUGACGAGGUGCUGGCGCGCGUGGCCGAGGCCGCCGGCGAGCUCAAGGGCCUGGGCAUCUUCAAGUCCGUCAACCUCGUCCUCGACGACCUGCCCGACGACGUGGCCGCGGCCGACCCCUCCGCGUGCGACCUCCGCGUGGAGCUCGUCGAGCACAAGCUCACCCGCAUCGAAGUCAAGACCUCCACCACCGUCGGCGAAAACGAACCCGACGUCCAAGCGACGGUGGGGUUGUGCAACGCGUUCGGGCGGGCGGAGACGGUGUCGGUGAGCGCGCAGGUGGGCGCGUCGAACUGGCGGGAGCACUGGAGCUCGGCGUUCAGCCUGGCCUUCAAGCGCCCCGUGUCGUAUGAGGCGAGCGCGCGUCACGUGAUUCCGGAGAGCAGCGCCCCGCUGGCGCUGCGCUCGCACGCGGGCCACUCGCUCAAGUCGGCGGUGAAGUACGUGUACGCCCACGACACCCGGGACGACCCACUCACCCCCACCACCGGCCACGCCUUCACCUCCUCCACGGAGCUGGCCGGCCUGGGCGGCGACGUGCGGUUCGUGAAGCAGGAGAUGGCGGCCCAGCUCAACCUGCCCCUCGGCAAGACGCGCUGCUCGUUCAACGUGCUGGCCAAGGCCGGCUACCUCCACGCGCUGGACAGCGGCUCCCGCAUCCGGGCGCUCGGGGGCGGUGCCUACUGGGCGGGCUCCCUCCACCUCUCCUUCCCUCUCCCCCUCCGCGACGUGCCCGACUUUGUCAGCGGACACCUCUUCGCCAACGCCGGCAACCUCCGCCAGCCCACCCCUGGUCGAUCGGUGGCGGCCAAUGUGCAGGACCUGUUUUCGGCGGACGACGUGCGAGCGGCGGUCGGUGCGGGGCUGGUGCUGCGCACCAUGUUCGGCCGUGUCGAGCUCAACCUCUCCCAUCCGAUCCGCAAGGCCGCCACCGACCUCGUCCAGCCCUUCCAGGUCGGCCUCUCCGUGCGCUUCCUCUAG